AUGGUUUCAUUAGAAAAGAAAUCGCCCGAAGAACGAUUGAAUAUUUGUCGUAAAUAUUAUUUAGGUGGUUUUGCUUUCUUACCACUUCUUUGGCUUAUAAAUGCUAUUUGGUUUUAUAAACAAGCAUUUAAAGUUGAACCAUAUCCUCAACAAGCACAAAUUCGAAAAUAUGUAAUUCGAAGUGUAAUUGGUACAUUUAUAUGGUGUAUUAUUAUUAUUACAUGGAAUGUUAUGUUUCAAGUAUUUCGUACUAAAAUGGGUCCUAUUGGAGAUUAUUUAACAUUUGUUGUACCACGAGGAUAUUAUUAA